CAAUAACACCAACACAGUGACGGCAGUUAUCACGCAAAACAAAGAGGAGGCAUAAAGAGUGAAAAAUUGAAGUUCAGAGGCAGUCGUUUCAGAGCCAUUUCAUAGAAAACAACUAUUUGGUAAAGGCUAAAGCUGAUAUAUAUUUUUGUAAGCAAUUUCAAUUGACGUGAUAUUUACGGCGCAUUUUUGUCUGAAUAAAAUUAAAACAAGAGCGAAACAAGAUGUCGGAAGUACAUUUUGAUGAGUAUGAAAAAUAUAAUUUCGAAUUCGACAAACACAUCUACUCGGGCCACUCAGGCAAGCAACGAUCCAAGAAGGAAGCUAGCGAGCACACUAACCAUUUCGAUCCCAAUGGCCACUCCCGGAAGAUUAUGACCAAACUGCGAAACACGGAACAGAAUAAGAAGGACAAGCCAAAGAAUUAACGGAAAAGGAAGACGUCAUUGAAUUAUUAGCAGCAAUACAAAACGCAAACGAUUGAGUAUGGAAAAAAUGAAGGUGUUCUGGCUAUACUUUAAAUGGUACCCGAGGUGAUUUCGCCAUAUUUAUAUUUAUCGAGAAGAAAUGAAUCGACUUGUUAUAAACCUUCUGAGCAAAUGGAGAUGUGGUUCUAUUGGAAACAAUAUCAUGCGAACUGGUAGAACUAUUCUCUCUGCUCUUAAGUAGAGGUAUCCUGGGCGAGGUGUAAAUUUAUAGACGGCUUUAUCAAGAUUCGUGGCCAUGAAGCAUUCAUCAACAUGUUUAAUUGUUGUACUUGAACAAAGACACAUCAACAGAACCUAGAAACUGAUGUUCUGAUGAGCACUGAUCUUGAAGCCGCUUUAAAUCCACAUCAUUCGUCGUAACUUUCAAAUCGAUUGAUCAAAUACAAUGGAUUAUGAUUUUAA